AUGAGUAACACGGAUUUCUUGGGGCGGGCAAUCGAUACCGUCAAGAAGGCGAUCGAGAAUGACAAUGACGGCGAGUACGAGAAGGCUUAUCAACUCUACUACUCCGCAUUGGAGUUGUUUAUGCUGGCUCUCAAGUGGGAGAAGAACCCCCCGGUCGAAGGAGAUGAUCCGGGCGAAGGCUGGCGAGUACAUGGAUCGCGCAGAGAAGCUGAAAAAUCAUCUUGCAACGCCGGACGGUGGGAAAAAGCCAAGCGCGGUGGGCGCGAAUGGCAAGGUAUCGCAGGGAAGUGGGAAGGGCGAAAUGUUCUGUUGGAUUCGGACCGGUCAAAGAAAGAAGACGAUAACGGCGAGGACGCGGAAUCCAAAAAGCUUCGCUCGGCGCUUCAAGGGGCCAUCUUAUCUGACAAGCCGAAUGUUAAAUGGGAGGACGUUGCUGGCCUGGAGAGCGCGAAGGAGGCACUGAAAGAGGCCGUCAUUCUCCCGAUCAAGUUCCCGCACCUUUUUACUGGCAAGCGACAACCCUGGAAAGGCAUCUUGCUCUAUGGCCCCCCCGGCACAUUCUUCAGUGUGAGCAGCAGUGACUUGGUGUCGAAGUGGAUGGGUGAAAGUGAAAGGCUUGUGAAACAGCUCUUCAAUAUGGCCCGUGAAAAUAAGCCUGCAAUUAUCUUCAUUGACGAGGUCGAUGCGCUGUGCGGACCGCGUGGCGAAGGUGAAUCCGAGGCGUCGCGACGUAUCAAGACCGAGCUUCUGGUUCAAAUGGAUGGUGUGGGAAAUGACUCUAAGGGAGUUUUGAUUCUGGGUGCAACCAACAUUCCUUGGCAAUUGGAUGCCGCCAUUAGGCGACGAUUCCAGCGCAGAGUUCACAUCAGUCUGCCUGAUUUCAAUGCACGGAUGAAGAUGUUCAUGCUGGCCGUGGGCUCGACACCGUGUCACAUGACACAACCAGACUACAAGCAACUAGCCGAGAUGAGUGAGGGCUACUCCGGUAGUGAUAUCAGCAUCGCUGUGCAGGAUGCCCUGAUGCAACCUAUUCGCAAGAUUCAAACCGCAACACACUAUAAGAAGGUAACUGUUGAAGGCGAGGAGAAAGUCACACCUUGUUCACCAGGCGAUGCCGGCGCAGUGGAGAUGACCUGGCUCAGCGUGGAAGCCGAGAAGCUCCUCGAGCCCCCGCUCGUUCUGAAGGAUUUCAUUAAGGCCGUGCGUAAUUCCCGGCCGACAGUCAGCAUCGAGGAUCUCACAAGGAACUCGGAGUGGACGAAGGAGUUCGGCAGCGAGGGAGCAUAA